AUUUCUAAUAAAACUAAAGGAAGGGUUACACACACAUAGUUUUGAGGUACAUGUAGCAAACUAAAUAUUCCACAGAGGAGCCGUAAACCGAAUAUUCUGGCUAGCUAGCUUUUGAUUAAGCUUUUUUAGCUAGCUAGCAAGGUUAGCUAUGACUAUUCUUCCAAAGAAGAAACCGACCACGACAGUCGGUGUGAAUGAACACCCUGAAGAUGCGGACAGAAGAGGCAGCUCAGAUUCGCACUCUCAUACCCACCAGCACUCUCAUCAACUCGGUGGCAGAGCUGGAUCGAGGCCCCGAGCUUCUCCGCCUCCUUGGUCAUACCAGGCCGCGCCGCACACGUCGAGAGAGGAUCGGCGGAUUGAGGCAACCACUCGUCCGCAGCAGGCCUCUCCACAGCCCGUGGUAGCAGGGUCCUCUGUCGUGCAGUGUGAGGUUAACUCCAACGCUGUCGUUACAUGUGUAGUUGGAAACCGCGGUGAAUUACCAUGUGGCACAGGCGUUGGAAGUUGUUGCUCUGGACCGGGUCUGAGCAAGAGGCGGCGACAGACGGUGUGCCCCAGUGGGAUGGCAGGUGGAGGCGGUGGAGGUCCUGGUACUGACCCCGAAGAGGCAGCCGGUGGCAACAACAGCGAGGACGAGUAUGAGAAUGCGUCAAGACUACAGGCUCUAGAUCCUGCAACAGUCGAACAGCAAGAAGAAUGGUUUGAGAAAGCUCUUGGAGAAAAGAAAGGAUUUGUGAUCAAAAAGAUGAAAGAGGAUGGGGCGUGUCUUUUCAGAGCCGUUGCUGAUCAAGUAUAUGGGGACCAAGAUAUGCAUGAUGUGGUACGAAAACAUUGUAUGGAUUACUUGGUGAAAAAUGCAGAUUACUUCUCUAGUUAUGUCACAGAGGAUUUCACCACAUACAUUAACAGAAAGAGAAAGAACAAUUGUCAUGGGAACCACAUUGAGAUGCAGGCCAUGGCAGAAAUGUACAAUCGACCAGUGGAGGUCUAUCAGUACGGCAUAGAACCAAUCAACACGUUCCAUGGCAUCCAUCAGAACAAUGACGAACCUAUACGAGUUAGCUACCAUCGCAACAUUCACUACAACUCUGUGGUGAAUCCCAAUAAAGCCACCAUUGGAGUGGGUUUGGGCCUUCCCUCCUUCAAACCAGGGUAUGCUGAUCAGUGUCUAAUGAAAAAUGCCAUCAAGACCUCAGAGGAGUCCUGGAUCGAGCAGCAGAUGCUGGAGGAUAAGAAGAGAGCCACAGACUGGGAGGCUACCAAUGAAGCAAUUGAGGAGCAGGUGGCUCGCGAGUCCUAUCUGCAGUGGCUUCAGGACCAAGAGAAACAAGGAAGACAGGUAUUAAUAAAAACAAGCAGUUUCCUCAUUCCACGUAAGGCCAGCGCCACCUGCAGCUCUGCCACCGCUGCCUCGUCCAGUGGUUUUGAGGACUGGAGCUGCCGCUCCCCCCGCCAGCGCAGUUCAGCCCCCUCUCCAGAACACCCAGGGCCCGCACACUCUGAGACGCCUUCGAAACCACCCUCACCCCCCGGAGCCACGCUGAUGCUCCCCAAACCCCCUUCUCCAUGCACUCCAGGUCCCAGCAACCAGUGCUAUGUGGGGCAGGACCGAUCCUCUUCCUCUUCUCUAGUGUCUCUCUACCCAUCUCUUGGUUACCAUGCCAUCAUGCAGGAAAUGUCACCUACUGCUUUUGGCAUGACAGACUGGGAAGACGAUGAAAUUUUGGCCUCAGUUUUGGCUGUUUCACAACAAGAAUACCUCGAUAACAUGAAGAAAAAUGCAAUGCAUAGAGAAUCCUCUCCAGACAGCAGUUGAUGUACAGGAUGGCAGAGCGGGCAACAGAAAAAGUGGAAGAAAUACAAGCCUCUUGACAACUUUACACCAUUUUGACAACAUACAAGUUUUCUUUGUCUCUCUUCUCCCUCCCUGUUUUUUUCACACUCACACUCUGUGCUUCCCUCCUAUCCCCUUCAAACCUUCAUCUCUCAUAACAUUGAAACUCAUGGACCUAGUAGGUGCAUGUUAAAAUAAAUAUCAUAGAAAAAGUUAAUGUUAUCCUUAUCAUUCUGAUUGUUGGU